AUGGCCCAGCUCGUCCAUUCGCUGGGACCGACAUGUGCCUUUUACGAGGACGAGCCUGAUGACACCUCCAGUGAUGGAUUAACGCCCCCGAAAGUCAAAGCACAGUUCUUCUACGUGUCCUCGCUCCCGAUUGAUGACCCUCUCUCUCCUCUGCCACCAGUGUCUGCGGACAAGGCCACCGACCUUCCUCCUCAACCGUUCUCGGUCCGGGACAAUGCCGCGUUGGAAGAAGCAUGGCAGACCUUCCACAAAGCCGGUGAAGAGGCAUGCAGCGGAGAAGGUGUGAGCAGGAGGAGGAAUCUGGCACAAGGAAUAUUCUCAUUUUCCCAACUCCGAGAUGGACAGGGCACCAGAGGAGAAUUGCAAGCAACAAAGUCCGGUUCCUCUGGGACCAAAGGCGGUCCGCGUGGCCGUUCAAGACCCACCCCCAAAUCACCUUCAGCAGGUUCGGAGGUCAUGCUGGAGCACGCACACGCCGCUUCGAAAGGGGACGGUCCACCUGUCGAUGCUGAAGAGCUGCGGGAAAAUGCAGAACUCCAACAACAGCCCAGCAAAGACUCGAGCAAGCACAGGAGGCGAUUUUCGCCCUUUCACCGCCGGCACAAGGAAGGAAAAGACAACCGCGAUGCUCUUCCUAGGGCUGCCAACGUGGACGAGACGACUACACAGGGAACACAACCCUCACUGGAUCCUGGCUCCGACAUCAGCGGUCGCCCAUUUGCACGCGCGCCUAGUGGGCGCAAUGUCAGUUCUGCGCUGACCUAUGAACCCGGCGGAGUCUAUUCUGAUGAAUCAGAAGCUGAGUCUCGAAGUCGGUCUCGGAGUUCGGGUUGUCGUCGCAAGAAUGAGAAGGAGAAUGGAAAAGCUUAUGUCCCGGUGGGCGUAUCUCGUCUUCAUUUGGUCGAAAUGCCUGACCUUGUUAUGAAACCGAUAUAUUGGUCUCCCAUCAACGACACAUCCAACGUGAUUCGGGCCACCUGGUUCUACAAAGACACUAUGUUGCCUGUUCCAGCUGAUGUGGCAAAUCGUCUGGAAAUCGGCUACGAAUAUAUCAAGCCAUUUGGCCCCGCUUACCAAGAGGAACUGCAGGCUUGCAUCGACAAUGGUGCUUCUGCGGAAAUGAAGGUGGUCUACAAGCUGUGGCCAGGCGAGUCGAAAUCGAGCAGACCUUCCACUGCCAUGGACACGAAGGAAUUCAACGAAAAUGACAGACAGCGGAAGGGGAGCAAAGACCUCCCCGAGAUCAUCCAGAACGCCGCGGCCGAUCCUCGAAAUACCCCAGAGAAACGGCUCUUUGUUACUCACAGCGUCAUCUACACCGAUGCUAGAAACGCUCAAAUCUUGAAGCCUAACCUGCUUCCUUCCAUCACACAGAAUCGCCGGCCUUUGAGCUCCCUUCGGAAAGGGAGACAGAUCGGUGUGGCCGUAGUCCGCGGGUUUGACCGUAAAGCGUGGUUGAAAACCCACCCUGACCCCAAGAUGGACGCUAAAGCUGCUCAUGCGAAGGUCGGAGCCUAUAUGUCUCAAUCGGGGGAUGCCACUACCCGAGGACGACGGAUGUCGUGCGCAGCAUGCGAACACGAUAGUAAAGCGCCCAAGGUUACUGACCUGGUCUUCGUCAUUCAUGGCAUUGGGCAAAAGCUUUCUGAGAGAGUAGACAGCUUCCAUUUCACUCACGCCGUGAAUGGUCUGCGACGAGAAUUUAAUGUUGAGCUGGCAAGUGAAGUCGUGAAAGGGAAUCUGAGACACGGAACGGGUAUCAUGGUCCUGCCUGUGAACUGGCGGUUGACCGUCUCGUUCGACGAGGACAUCAAGGCUGCUUCUGGAGACACCGAGAAUAAGUACGCCUUGAAAGACAUCACUCCCGACACUCUCCCUGCCGUGCGAUCCAUUAUCAGCGACGUUAUGCUGGACAUUCCCUACUAUAUGUCGCACCACAAGGAAAAGAUGACCUCGGCAGUCAUUAGGGAAGCCAACCGGGUCUACCGACUUUGGUGUCGUAAUAACCCAGGGUUCGAAGACUAUGGCAGGGUGCAUCUGAUUGCCCAUUCCCUCGGUUCUGUCAUGGCCAUGGAGAUUCUCAGCCAACAGCCCACUCGACUUGGCAAGGACAUCAAAUUUGACCCCAAAACGCCCAGCGAAAAGAUUUUCGAGUUUGAUACCACCAACAUCUUCUGCUGCGGAAGUCCUUCGGGUUUCUUCCUGCUUCUUCACAGUGCGAAUCUCGUCCCGCGAAAGGGCAGGAACAAGCCCGGUAUGAAAGGAGAAGAUCGUCAAGCGGGCAUUGCCAGCGAGGCGCAAUACGGAUGCCUUGCUGUCGACAACAUCUAUAAUAUCGUCCACAGAAACGAUCCGAUCUCCUACCUGCAAAAUGCAUCCGUGGAUGAGCUCUAUGCAAAGUCCCUUCAACAGGCCGUUAUACCCAGCGCUAGUGUUAGUUUCAUGACACGCAUCGGCCACAACCUACGAUGGGCGUCGGGUACCACAGGUGAUCCUUAUUCUGCUAUCGCCUCGCCCUCCCGCCCACAACUCACUCAAAUGCCCAGCACCGUGGAGCUGGAGACGCACAAUUUCACGCGGGAGGAAAUUGCCGAAAAGCGCAUGUAUCUGCUCAAUGACAACGGACAGAUUGAUUGGUUCCUAUCCGCGGGCGCCGGGCCCUUGGAAUUCCAAUAUUUGAACAUGCUCAGUGCACACAGCAGUUAUUGGAUUUUGCAGGACUUUGUCCGAUUUUUGGUCGUGGAGAUUGGUCGAGAGCCGGGGAGGAGUCAUACACUACCGGCGCUGAGAGCGGUCAAGAGGCGUGAGUACAAGAGAGGCGAUAUUCCUUGA